AUGGAAGCUGUUCGGAAGAGUUAUUCUGCUUUUCAGUCGUUCAUUGUGUCCGUAAUCGAAUGGCGCUCUGCUGCUACAGCUCCUUACUUCAUGUGGAGCGUCUUUUACUUGAAUAAAGAAACGCAGCUUCAGUUAUUGAUGUCACUGGCAGCAGGAGUUUUUGGCUGGGAUGUUUUACUUUCAUCAACCAACAAUCGAAGUAUUUUGUUUCAUGUUCUAACUUGGCCUAUACGAAGUCUUAUAAGAACUGUUAGUGUUGCUGCAGCUUUGUAUAGCGCUCUAAUGCUCCAUCAUGCCGAGCUGGAAAAAGCAUGCUGGACUGCCUAUGCAACAGUCGCACUAUUAAUCAUAAGUCCAGUGUGGCACUGUCAGCAAGUGCCACAAAAAAUUGGUAGAUGUUUAUAUUCGGCAUGGACAACAACAAAAUUUGUCAUCGAAAAAAGUAUCAUAGCUCCUUUUUGUUCUAUUUACGCAGUUCUUCAUUAUGUCGUAAUGUUGAAAUGGCUUACAGUCAUAUUGCGACAAAUAACUGCAAAAUGGAUAUUAAUAAAAGCUACUGUAAUAGGAACUUGGGAUCGGAUAUUUGCUAUGCUUCGUGUUAGUAAAAAUGCAGUGGUAAAUGGUAUUGCUUAUAGUAUUCUCAGUACUAAAACUUCCAUUUUACGUAUUAUUCACGGAAUAACUAGUGGUGUUCGUAGAUUUCUGAUCUCCAUCAAAUGCAGUUUUUUCUGGUCAUUUAUUUUCUGCAAGGAUAUUGCUGUUAAUUUUGCACUUUAUUUAAGAGACUGCAUUAUUUUCUUGGUGAAGUUUGUUAUAAAUGGAUUCAUAUAUUCUUUCACUACUGUAAAAAAUGCAAUAUUUUCCGUAGUAUUAGCAUUCAAAGCCAAAUUAUUUCGUUGCUUAAUGGCACUUAAAAAUGCUGUCACAUCUAUUAUUUUGAAAGUCAAAAUUAUUUUAUACCAGGGGAUCGUUAUUUCUAAAGAUUCAGUUUAUCGUGCUGUAAUUUCUAUCAGAAGAUUUAUUUGUGAUGGAAUCAUCAGAGUGCAAAAUUUAAUUUUAGAUUUUUAUUGUGCUGUCAUUGAAUGGGUAAAAUCGAGUAUUAUAGGUCCUGUUCUAAAAAUUUUCACUCAUAUUGUCCAAUUUCUAGAGUACUGGCUUUUUGCUUACUGGUGGCCUGGUUUUAAAUCAUGGCUUAUUUCGUACAUUGUGUAUCGACUACAACGACUAUUCAACUAUUUCUGCUACGCUUUUGUGUAUAUUGUUUGUUGCUACUGGAUAUCCCCAGCCAAUGCCUUUCUUGAUAAAUUCUUCAGACUGUUCUAUGUUUAUUUCCAGCGAUCGAUUCUGAUGCCAUCAAAAAUAUGGGCUAUGCAACAAGUAGACAAGGCUUUGAUUCUUCUAAAACGAAUGUUGCAUUGUUUGGCUGUAGCCGUACGUGAUAGUAUUAUUUGGCCCUUCUGUUUACUUACUAUUUUUUUGAUUAAGCAGGUCCUUAAACAACUUCAAAUAAUUGUUUUUCAACCGGUGACUGACAUAUUAUACAGAAAAUAUAAAAUUUGUGAGGAUUAUGUUUUGAUAUAUUUUUUGGGACCCGUUUGCCAAGUUUUUAUUGAUCACAUUCCUGAGAAAUCGCCAUUUUGUGAUGACACUGAUACAGAAUUAAUGGAUUUAUUGCCUCCUGGAUUUACUGAGGACGAAGAAUCUGAUAGAGAAGACAAGACUGUAAGCCGAUCAAAAGAAGAACGCGAUUUCGCCCGUGGUUUGAAGUUCCCUAAUGUUGAUGGAUCAGAUUCGAGUGAAGAUGAAUUUGCUUUAAAACCGAAGUUAAGGCAGAAAUAUAAAAAGAAAAAGCUGAAGGCUCAUCCAAAAGACCCAAUACCAACAAUUUCUAACGAAAAAUGCAAUUCAGCAAGAUGUGAAACGGAGAGUAUUAAACAGCUUAAGCAUUCUCUAUCAGGUAGUAGCCAUUCAGAUAGUUUAACCUCCUCAUCUGUACAGCUUAGUCUGGAUGACGCAGAUCUUAGAGAAUUGGAUCUGACAGAUUUUGAAUCUGGUGAUCAAGUGAAUAUGGGGCAUAUGAAGGACAAUAUCGGAAUAAUAUCGACAGAGGGUCGAAGGAAAACAAAAAAGAAGGAGCACAGUUCAGACACAUGUAAUGUGAUGGAAAAUAAACUUUGA